UGCCCCCCCCAGCCUCUGGCGCCGAGCGCCGCGGCCCGGGUGCAGUAUGGAGGCGAAGGCGGCGUCCACGCCGGCUACUGGCGGCGGCGCGUGCUCGGUGACGGCCGAGGAGACCGAAAAGUGGAUGGAGGAAGCGAUGCAAAUGGCCAAGCAAGCCCUAGAAAGUACUGAAGUUCCUGUUGGCUGCCUUAUGGUCUACAACAAUGAAGUUGUGGGGAAGGGACGAAAUGAAGUUAAUCAAACCAAAAACGUAUGUCGAUUGAAUAGUUUAAUUGCAAACAUACAGCAAUAAGGUAGGGGUGCACUGAAUUUUAUCACAGCUGGCAAGAAGAUGGGUCUGUGUCAAGACCUGUAGGUAUAAUGGAAGGGUAGUUUCCCUUAACAUUUCUUUUUUUGAAUGCCUUCCUCUCUGAUUAUAAAAGUGAUCCAUGUUGGUUUUCUAAAAUUUGGAAAAUUCAGAAAAAUUUAAUGAAGCAAUACAAUCUGGGGCUAAUUUUCUAUUUCAUGGAGUUUUACUUUAGCAUUUGAGUGAAACUCAAGAAGGGAUUUUAUUACAUUGGAGUGUCAGUACUGAAGAUAUGAAUCUAAUCUCCAUCUUAAGCAAAUCUAAUAUAGGAAAAUUCCACUUUACAAAACAUCAAUUUAACUCAUAUCACAUUCUUUAGUACCUUUAAAUAAUGUUUUCCUCCUGGUAAAUUAAAAAAUCACCUUCAGUUUAUAUCUUUGGAGGUAUUAAAGGAUUGUAUAACGGAAGCUGUUCAUGUAUUAGAUAAUUCAGUGGAAUAAAGUCUCUACCACCUACUGUCUCUGUACCUACAUGUGGUAUUACACUUUAUUAUUUUUUAAUUUUUAUUUAUUUUUUUAGAGAGA